UUGAGCAUUGAUGAGAAAGAAGGGUUGAUAGACAAAGAUGAAGUCAUGAUUCGUCGGAUGAAGAACCGAGAAAGACAACGUAGGUACAGAGCCAGGAAGCGGAUGAGGGAAGAAGCGGGUAUAGAUGGGAGUCUCUCGUUUGAGACCAUGGGACAACUGGAAGAAGAAGAAGAAGAAGAAGAAGAAGAAGAAGAGGAGGAAGAGCUAGAGUUUAAUGGACUUAGUGGUGGUGGUUAUGUUGACAACUUUGUGCGGCGUGUUUACUGCGAUAGAGAUUGGAAAAAAGAAGCUAGAAGAGCUCAUUUGAUUGUGAACAAGGCUCAAUGUGAGUUGGUUAUACGGAAGAUAAGGAGGCAUCAUAGAGAUUGGAAAGCUGAUGCUAGAAAGAAGAAAUCUUGAUUUCUUGAGGAAUCGUCAGGUUGCUAGAGGGAUCUUGCAAGGGUGAUUGAGGUUUUAAUGUAUUUUCGUUUUUUAUUAGCACCUACCAAUAAUUGAACUUAAAAGUUAAUUAAAAAGCAAAAGUAAUUAAGUAAAAUGAUGAUAACUAAGAAUAGUAAUGACCAAAAAAAUAGAAAUGAACAUGUAUAUUUUUUACAUCAAAUUGUUAUUUUUUACUCA